AUGAUCGCCACAUGUACCUUACUAAGCAUCACCGCCACCGCUGCCACAACCACAACCACAACUCCCGGUUCCUGCAAGCCUCAUUCUCCUCUCCUUCAUUUCAUCGUCAACCUUCGUUCUUUCGACGGUCGGUCGUUCCUCUGCUCCAUCUCAAUCUUUGUCUUCUUCCAGGCAUCCGCGGAUGCCUGUCUCUCCACUGGUUUGAUGAUCGGUGAAGGCCCUGAAGAUGGUUCUCGGGUCUACAUCCCGCCGCUCUUAGAUGACGAUGAUCCCUCGGCUGAUCCCGACGCUUCCGAUCUCCUGCGUCCGCAGGAUGAAGAAAUCGGUGAGACUUACCUCCCCGUCUGGUUACGGGAGUCGUCCAAGUCGUUUCGCUGGGGAUGGAUUCCCUUACCCCUGCGCAAAGUCGGUCGGGCCACCGCAAACUGGAUCAAGGGCCCGAAUCCGCCCCAUGACCUGCUGUUGAAGCCCUUGUUCCCCCGCUUCCAAGAGCUUCCCGUCCGGUACCUGGAGCGCUUCUUCCCCAAGCGGAAGCACAAGAUCGCUCUGUUGUCGGUCUUCUACCUCGCCUGGUCUCUCCCGUGGAUCAUUAUUCUGCUGCACUCGCGAUCCGCCGGUUUCAUCGAGGGGUAUGGUCGCCCGCAGACCCUCUCGUGCUCGACCACGUUCUGGGCAUACGGAAACGAGUGUGGUUUGAAUGGAAAUGACUGUCGGCCUUUCUCGGCGUCGGUUCUCCCCUUCCGUUGCCCUGCGAACUGUCGGGAUGCGAAGUUGGCCAACCCUCACAUGGUCGGAAACCACACCUACAGCUACCGAGGACUGGUUGUUGGAGGACCACAACCCGGAUCGGACGACCCACCCAUCUAUCGCGCGGAUAGCUUCAUUUGUCAAUCAGCCAUCCAUGCGGGGGUCAUCACGAAUACCGUCGGAGGUUGCGGCGUCUUGAAGCUGGAGGGGGCUGCCCACUCGUUCCCGGCUUCCCAGCAAAAUGGCAUCAGCUCAGUCGGCUUUCCCUCUACCUUCCCGAAAGCGUUUAGCUUCGUCAAGCUGCCAUCGUCCGAAGAGGCGUGUCCUCAGGAUCCCCGCUGGCCGCUGUUGGGCAUCACCAUCGCUGCGUUGGGUGUUCUGUGGCUCUUCUGCACGUCACCGCCAGUUCUGUUCUUCACCACCUUUUUCAUGAUUUUCUGCCAGACCGGCUUGGUAUCGGACCCACCUCCGAUCACACAGCUGGCCGACUUGGUGUCGACGUUGCUUUCGCGAUUGUUACCGGCAUCUUUCGUGGCAUAUGUGUUGUUUAAAUACUGCGCACGUCCGUUGUUGACCCCGCUUUCUCCACCUAUCUACCAGAUGACCAAAGCGUUUCUGUACUUGCCACCAGUGUUCAUUGGCGCACUGAAUAACUACACUUUCGCGCGGUUGAUCCCGCUCGAACGGCUCACCCCGCAUGAUAUUCAGAAACAACCUGGUGCCAAGCUGGCGUUGGCGAUGGUGAUCCCCACGGUGAUCACCAUCAUCCUUACCCAGGCAUGGAAAAUCCGACAGGGUGGACUGAUGCCGCAUUACCUCAAGGUAUAUUGCACCAUGGGUCUAUUUCUGUUGAUUUUGCUUCCCUUGCCUGGCCUCCGCCUUCGGAUCCAUCAUUACAUCCUGGCUAUUCUGCUCAUGCCCGGUACGGCCAUUCCGACUCGCCCGUCAUUGAUCUACCAGGGACUUCUUCUCGGUCUCUUUAUCAAUGGCGUGGCUCGCUGGGGUUUUGCGUCUAUCAUUGAGACUCCCGCUGCUUUGGGGGAGCAAGCCCCGGGUCCUGGUGGAGCCCACGGCUGGUGGGGAGGCACUUAUCCCAACAUCACGAACGCAUCCGUGCAGAUUUCCCUCCCCCCGGACGGGUCCAACGAAGCUUAUCACGGCAAUGGCAACAUCACUUUCUCCCUGUGGGAGGAUCGCAUGAGCGAACUAGGCGUUGACGGCGUGUCUGUUCUGGUCAACGAUGUCGAGCGUUGGAGGGGCUAUCUCGACGAGGAUCAGCUGGGCGAGUUUACAUGGCACCGACACGGUCACAGCGGCCUAGAGCUCCAACACCGCCCGACCAUUGAAAGCGAUCAGUUGGGCACUGAUUGGAUAGACCCGGCGGACGACGACAAACCCGAGGACCUCUUCUUCCGCUUCGCAUUCCUUCGGGGUGCCGAGGCCGGCAAGUAUGGAGGUGCUGGUGUUUGGUUGAAAGAUGGGGACUGGAUCUCCCCUCCGCCUCCAAAGGACUAG